UCUGAACUCGUCGAGAAGCGACAGGUGGACUUAGUUAACCCAGCCUGUUUUGGGGGUCGCGAGCAAAGAUUAUCAAGGAUGCAAGCGCUGGUCCAUUUCUGGGCAAGAAAUUUUGAGAGAGAAGACUUGUUCAACAUUAAUAGCAGCGGAGAAAAUAGCGAGGACAUCAAAGCUAU